GUCUCUCGUUUAUUUCGGCCCUCCUUCCACCUGGGCGCCUCCUCAACCCAAGUUCAAUUAGACCGCAGUCCGAAUGAGAAGGAACUGACUGAACUGACGACCAAUCAGAUGGUGGACAGACAAAAAGAUCCAUUCGCUGCUUCUCACCUCUUGGCCGUAGCACUAGACCAGCUUUGCUGUUAUGGCGAGUAUCAGCAGAAAUCAGGGCCCUCGUAUUUGUUGCUCGGAAGCACUGUUACUCUGUCAUGA